UUGCGCUUCCUGCCGUCGUCGUCGUCGUCAAGUCGUCGUCGCCUGUGGGGCGUUUGUUUGGCUGCUAAGCGGUCUCGACGUUAGUCGGGAUCGUUUCUGCGUUUGUCGGCGUUUAUCUUUCUGGAUUUGGGAUCGGAGUCCUUUAACUGAAGAACCUUUGAUCUCUGGCAUCCAGGAAGCUGUUUAUGAAAGCCAAGCUACUCCAGAGCAAAGAUGAGCAAGAACAAAGAGGAUCCUCCCCAUGAGCUGGAGAGCCAAUUUAUAUUGCGACUCCCUCCGGAGUAUGCUUCUACUGUGAGAAGGGCAGUACAAUCUGGAAGUGUCAGCCUGAAAGAUAAAUUAACCAUUGAAUUACAUCCCGAUGGACGUCAUGGAAUUGUGCGUGUGGAUCGUGUUCCAUUAGCCUCUAAGCUGGUUGAUCUGCCCUGUGUUAUUGGAAGCUUAAAAACUAUCGAUAAGAAAACUUUUUACAAGACUGCAGAUAUUUGCCAGAUGCUUGUGAGUACUGUGGAUGGUGAUCUUUAUCCACCUCUGGAAGAACCAGUUGCCAGUAGUGAUCCAAAAGUAAAUAAGAAAAAAGAUAAAGAUAGAGAGAAGAAAUUCAUCUGGAACCAUGGCAUCACUCUGCCACUGAAAAAUGUCAGAAAGAGAAGAUUCCGGAAAACAGCCAAGAAGAAGGCCCAGUAUAUUGAAUCUCCAGAUGUGGAAAAAGAAGUCAAGAGACUGCUGAGUACAGAUGCUGAAGCUGUCAGUACUCGUUGGGAGGUCAUUGCUGAAGAUGAAACAAAGGACAACGAUAACCAUGGUUCCCUGGCCAGCCUGGACAUCUCUCCAGGAAUAAGCGGCCAUAAGCAGGGCCAUAACUCAUCAGCUGAGCAUGAUGAACUUCGAGAGAUAUUCAAUGAUAUCAGCAGCAGCAGUGAUGAUGAUGAUGACCAAGAUCACCAUGAUGAUGAAGAUUUAAACAUCAUUGACACCGAGGAAGAUCUGGACAGACCCUCACAAAGCACACUUGAUGAAUCUGAUGAGCAACGCCAAGAAGAUGAGAAAACAAGUGAUCUCGUUCAAGGACUCCAGAAACAGAUUGAUGAGAUGAAGGACAAGCACCAGGAGACUCAGGAUAGAGCAAAACGCCAGGAGGACCUCAUCUUCAAAGUGGAAAAUCUGGCCCUCAAGUCCCGUCUUCAGGCUGUGCUGGAUGAGCUCAAACAGCAGGAAGAAGAAGAAAAGCAGCAGAUGACUACACAGAAGCUGAGGCCUGCAGUCCUAGAUCCUCCAUUGUAUUUGGUGUGAUCAGCUAAGGAAGCUGCCAUUGCUGACCCCAAACUGAUGCCCUGGUCAGCCGUCACGAGACGCUGGAGGUUGGAUGCUUCAUUCAGAUGGUUCUGUGUCAAACUCCCAUGUAUUCUUCUUGUAUUUCCCACAGUUCAAAGUUGUUGUCGAUUGUCAUGAAAAUUUCAUCUCCUAGCUACAUCUCCCCAUGCUCUCAGCCUUAUCAGACUUAGCCCUAGCCCUCUACUGUCCUAUACCCUCCUUGGUGUUAUUUCCAUUGGACCUUCUGGAGCCCCCUUUUUUGUAAAAGGAAAAGUCUUCAUUCUCAAUCUCUCCAUCUCAUACUCUUUCCAUUUUCUGCUGCUGAUGAAAAUGUGGCUCUUCUGGAAGUGUUUUUUUCUCAUUACACCUUUCUACUCUCUUACCUACACCUCUUACACUCUCUCACAAAGACCAGGAGGAGGAGGAGGAGGAGGCAGCAUAUUUCUUGCUCCACAUCACUGUUCCCACACUCCCUUUUGCCACUCUUAUUCAGGAACUCUCCAUGAUGUUUUAUGCUAUCCUGUUCUCUUAUCUGAUCUUGGUCCUUAAUGUGGUGCUCUAUAGACCUCUGGGACAUUCUCCCUCUCCCUCCCAAUCCUUGCUCUUAUACUUGUGGUCAUCCCCACAGAACCCUUGGGUUUCCUCAAGCCUCAUAUCCUCCUUUAAAUCACUCCCAAGGAUGGUCAGAUCUUAGAUGUCCCAAUCUCCCAUUCCUUGUGAAAGUAAUUAUACCCUUCCUACUCUGCUUUCUGUUUCUGUUGGCACAGUCUUAACCAGUUUAACAAUACACCGCCACCUAGCCUUUCCCUAUUGUGCGGUGGCUCGUGUUUUACCAGCAACCACCUCAUGGUCUCCCCCUGGGAUCCCCUCAUCGCCAUCCUCUGUUCCUGUUGACAGAAUCCUGAACUCUACUCAGGAAAACCACACGCAAUUGAUUUACUUAUUUGUGGGUAGGAUUGGGGAGAUUUUUUUUUUUUUUGGAGGACAGGAAGUCACUAGGAAAUAACCAUGAUGCGAAGAAAACAUUGCUGUGUAGCUCCACAGUCGUGUUAUUCUUCCAUAAUGAACUCUCUCACGGUGCCCACAAUGGCUUUUCAACUCUCCUCCAGUUCCCUUAUGCCACAGCUGUCUCAGCAGAUCAUCUCACGUGAAAAUAAAUGCCUCCCAUAACAUUGUUCAUUUCUAUUCUAUACCUCACAUUCUAACUCAGCUCUCUAUGUCUGCUUUCUGUUUCUGAGGAUGAAUGCCCUUUUCUUUAUUCUGAUUCCUACCGCCUUCCCAGGACUCUUGUUCUCUUCUGCCUCUUCUCUUCAUCCUCUCCUCAUCCAUUGGCUCCUUUCCCGCUGCCUAUGAGAUUUCCAGCCUUAAAAAAACCUUUUCAUUCACCCCUGGCGUCUCCACAACCUCCCAUCCAAUAUCUUUCCUCCUUUUCACAACAGAUAUCUAGAAGGAGUCACCUAAAACUUCUUGUCUCUGGGGUUUUUUGCCUGUCACUUUCACUUUGCUCUUUGUAACCUGGUGUCCGGCUGUACCCUCUGACCCGAAACUACUUUCACCGAGAUUUCAGUGAUCACAUAGCUGCCAAAUCCAUCAGCCUUCUCUCAUUCUUCAUUCUACUUGACUUCUCUCCAGAUUUGCUUUUGGCCAACUACCCCUUCCACCUAGAUUCUCUUUUUCUCCUGUGCCUUCUGUGGCACUAUUCAAAAACCAUGUCCCCUUUCUGUCUUGUCUUCUGUCCACCUAGCAUAAUGUCUCUGAGGACCCGUGUUCUCUCUGUACUGUCACUCCCCUUAGUGGUCACAUCGGCCUUAUGGGUUCCAUUACCGUCACCCCCAAAAUGGCCCCCAAAUCCAUCUCUCCAUCCCCGGCCUUGAUCCAGAAUCAAUUCCCUGCUGGUGAUCUCCAACUGAAUGGAUCGUUAUAUAAUUCAAACUCAGCAUGGCCAAAAUGCAAUUCAUUAAUUUCUGCCUUAAUUCUGCCCCCCCCCCUUUUUUAACCAUUCUUGUCACCCAGAUUCACAGCGUGUUUGUCAUCCUUGACUGCCCUUUCCACUUUUCAUUUGCAGUCACAUUUAAUGUCUUACCAGGUUUUCCACAGCAUCUCUCAUCAGUUCUGUUUGUUUCUAGUCAACAAAUAGAAGGAAUUAUUAGGGACGUGUGAGGUAAGUUACACUUGAAUAUAUUCAAAUUAAACAUUUCUUUACAAAGGAAAGCUGUAAGAGGAAAAGGGAAAGAUGUUGGAAGAAAUAUUUAUGAUGGAUAUAAAUGAUAAAAACUUGAUAUCCUGGUAUAGAGGGAACUAUUAAAAAUUCAUAAAAGUAGUUAUCCAAUCUACAGUGGAUAAAUUGCCAAAGGAUAUGAAUAGAUGCUUUUCAAGAGAAGAAAGGUAUAUUAAGAAUUAUUGAAGAAAAUGUCAUCCUUUCAGUUCAAAGCAAUGACUCUGAGGAUACCACUACACACCCAUCAGAUGAGGUAAUAGGUGUAAAGCUUUUUGAAAGUCCCAAAAUGCCCUAUGAAUACUAGCUAUUGGCAAAAAUAACAUUAAACAACAAAACCCCCUAAGAGCGAGUGGACCUAAUGUUUUUUUUUUUUUAAUGCUGAUUACAAAUAUGGUUUCAAGUUUUGUCUGUUAGCCAUUAUUGUCACAUGAAUUAAUUUUAUAUUUAAAUUUUUUUCCCAAGCAAAAUUGUGGUUAUUCAACUCACUUAAAAUGUAGCUACUUGAAUAUUCACUUAUUCAUUUUCAGAAGUAGGCAGCCAGUGUGCUGGUCUCCACCUGCUUUUCCUUUCUAGAGAUAUCUAGAGGGAAGGAUUCCUCAUGUUCCUCACUGAUAGUGCUUAGUUUUCUGGGAAAGGUUCCAAAUGUUAAUUUUUAAAACUGGAUCUUGAGUAAUAUGUUAUAGCUCCUGAAUUUAUACUUGAUAGGCUUUGAGAAGAUCGUUGACUUUUUGAGAGGUUAUUUUCUACCUUGUAGUUUCCCCCAAAAGUGUUUGGUCAUUAGUUAUCACCAUUCAGCCCCUCCAACUUAAUUUAACUUUUUCUGAAUAGUCGUCUUCCACCAUUUCCCUUAUUUGAGAACCUAAAAAUAUCCCUUCUUUGAUUUCAGGUUCAUUGAUUUUUUUUAUUAUAGCUUUUUAUUUGCAAGAUAUAUGCAUGGGUAAUUUUUCAGCAUUGACAGUUGCAAAACGUUUUGUUCGAACUUUUCCUCUCCUUCCCCCCACCCCCUCCCUCACAUGGCAGGUUGACCAAUAUAUGUCAUAUAUGUUAAAGUAUAUGUUAUAUAUAUACUUUAUCUAUAAGUAUACGUGUCCAAACAGUUAUUUUGCUGUACAAGAAGAAUCGGACUUUGAAAUAGUGUACAAUUAGCCUGUGAAGGAAAUCAGAAAUGCAGGUGGACAAAAAUAGAGGGAUUGGGAAUUCUACGUAGUGGUUCCUAGUCAUCUCCCAGAGAGAGUUCUUUCGCUGGGUGUAGCUGGUUCAUUUCAUUACUGCUCUAUUGGAACUGAUUUGGUUCAUCUCAUUGUUGAAGAGGAUCAGAAGAUCAGAAUUGAUCAUCAUAUAGUAUUGUUGCUGAGGUUCAUUGAUUAUUGAAAAUUUAUUUUUCAGAUAGAGGACAUCUGCACUUUUUCCAAUCCAUCGUCUCCACAAACUUUUUCAUUAGAUCAAGUUUUUGAUGAUGGGCAGCAGUAGUAAG